CAUUAAUGAUUUCACAGUAAUACUUAAUUCACGACGUUAAUGAGAACUUUUGGAAUCCACAUGCUUAAGUCAAAAGACAACAUACACAAUUGUUUACUAAUUUGAAUUUUUUAAGUUAUAAUUAUAGCCGUAUGAGGAGAGUAAUAGUGCAUAGCAAUUUAACGUGUUCAAAGAAUGUAUCUCCCAAUUAAUUAUACUGAAAUUGAACGAAUGCACAUGGACUUUACCGUAAUUGGCAAAGAUAGUGGUACACUUGUUGCUUUAGUAAUUUCUGAACGUUUCUUAAUGACUCAGAGACGAGAGAGGAGAACGGAAACAGUAACUUUUGAUGUUCCAUGAUCAGUCAUGGCCACUCCAAGCAAACAGAAGCACGACACUGCCAAACCCACACCUGCCUCACUUGGAAUCAGCACAAUGAAGCCCAAAUUUCAGCAGUAUGCGUUGCCGUCCAAACGACUAGACUCGUUUAUAGAGGCGUCAGUGCCGUGGCCCGAAAGUUCACCUGUUAAGGUCGAAGACAUGGUUGCGGCUGGGCUUGUCUAUACAGGUGUUGGCGAUAGUGUUCGCUGCUACCACUGCGGUGGUGGUCUCCGGAACUGGGAGCCGGGAGACGUCCCAAUGGAGCAGCACGCCAAGUGGUACCCGACCUGCCAACACGUCCUAAUUACAAAGGGCAAAACAUACAUCCACAAUGUUAAAGCUGGGGAAAACACUGAACAAAAUUCAGCUAGAAGUUCUAAGGUUAAACACUCAUCGUCGGACAACUCGGCACAGCAACAACAACAAGAAGCCAUGCAAGCCGCUGCCGAGUUCGGAUAUUCAGAGGAGAACAUUAACAUUGCAGCGUGUUUAUUUCGAGAACGAAAUGGUAACGGUGCCACCUCCAAGUUUAAAGGAGCUGAUUUGGUGUCAAUUUUGAUGGAAAUGGAAGACGACCCUGACCUUGCUUUGAAUGCCAAUGUUCUUGGUUCAUGUUCGCCAACUAAGCCUUCAGACAAUACAGAAAUUGAAGGUGACGAUCUUCAAAGUCUUGUUCUUGAGAACGAAAACCUUAAAGCAUUAUUCAACUGUAAGAUCUGCCUUGACAAUCGCGCGGACGUUAUCUUUCUCCCCUGUGGCCACAUUGUCAGCUGUCCCCAGUGUGCUCCCGCCCUUGACAUCUGUCCAGUCUGCAGCAAGUCGAUCAUGGGCCUGGUCAAGGCACAAUUUGCAAACAAAAGAAAUGAUGUUGAUAAUGACUAUACUGAAUGUGGUAGAUAGAUAGAUAGAUACUUUUUAUUACUCCAUAAGUAAAGAGAUUAACAUAUAAACAGAUGAAUAAGAAGAAUAUAUACACACAUCGAUGAUUUGAUAUACACGAACAUCAAAAUAGUUAUAUUUCAAAUGGACAUUACGAGAAUUAAACAUUUCGAGUAAUCAUUUAUAAAACCAACAUCUUCCAUGCACAUAUAAUUAUUUACAGAUAAGAUAUUCAGGUGUAGUCUUAAUUGACAAAAUAUAUUAACGAUAAUUAUUCAGAGUUAUCUUCUCAUUAUGUAUUACAGACAAUCUCUACGUGGCGCUUUCUGUGUAAAAUACAUUGUAUCCAUAAACACAACUUUGUGACUGUGUGUUUCUCCGAUAAACUUGACAAUUCAUAAUGUAACAUUCAGUUUGUAGCAAUACUUUAGAAAACGGGUAUUUUUGAUGUAUGCCACAGUAAAUGUGAUUUGAUGAUGUUAAAAUAUUGUGAAAAUACAAAAUGAUAUAAACAA